GCCAUGGUCAACUCAUGCAUGCAGCUGUCCACUCUAACCCAUAGCAACUUGCAGCAUGCAGCAUGCAUUAAAGCAGUGAAGGGCAAACCAGCAAAUCGAGACCACACUCUAUAGUCGACUCUCCCACAGCUGAAAAUCAGUUAUCAGAAAUUCAGCAGAAGGAAACAAACAAAACUGCAUGCUAUUAAAAGCACAAAGGUGCUGGCCGAUACACGUCAAAGCAAGGGUGACAGCAAUCAGCAAAUCACAACGGUGCCUCCACCUCAAGAUAGCGUUACCUCUCAAAUAAUCACGGGGUUUAGAGUAGGGAAAUUAGCCAUGCCAACGCCUAGUGAUAGUGGCCCUGGUGUGACGGAAGCAGAAGAAAGCAAACCACAGCCGUCAACAACCUCCACCAGAACACCACGAGAUCUGGAAUCGCUUUCCGAAGAAUUUGAGAGUGUCGAAAAGGCUACCAGGAUAAGUGCUUCUGUUGGCGCUUGCGAAGGUGGAGAGGCGGAACGUCGAAAGCUACCAGCUUUUGAACUAGCAGCAAGAGCAUCCAAGGAAAGCUUUAGUGAGACUGCAGCCACACAAAAUAUGGAAGAAGGAUUGGAUCCUCUGGACCUAGCUAAAAUCGUGGAAGCACGUCUGAGAGGUUCGGAGCCAGACCAAGCAAACAGAGAGGCUGUUUUAGGGGUGAUAGGAACACAGGGAUACGAGGAAGAAGGUUUAUCCCCACUCGAUCUGGCCAAAAUUGUGGAAGGUCGGCUCCAAGAUUCAGGUCUCGACCAAUGUGAAAAUACUACCACUCCAAAAGGGGACAACUUUCCUCCGGCUGUAGAAACCAUGGCGCAGCAGAACCACCAUCACGACCAAAAAUUGAGCAAUAUUGCGAGCACUACUGGAGACACCCAUGUAGCCCAGGUCGAUACUGUACAAAAUGAUGGCAAUCGUGGAACUUGGAAUUUGCCGCGAUUGGAACGGAGCACAGCCAACAGAAGGGCCCAAUUACAACCAGGAGCCUACCCAAGUGGAGGCAAUUUUCAAGGAACAGAGGGAAAUCUGGAAACGGCAGAGACACACAAUGAACCAAUCUCAACUCGACCACCUACGAUCGAACCAGAAAAUGACACUAGCGGCUUGGCUGUGGCAAACUUGGUUCAAGAUGAAACAUUCCCUCAGGAUCUGCCCCAGGCUCACGAUUGCAAUCUGGAAAAUGAAACCAGAAGCAGAGAAACAAGAUUGAAGCAAUUCAAAACCAAUGUGCUUUUGGGAGUCAUUGUCUUGUUGGCGGUUAUUCUCAUUUUAGUGGCUAUCCUGGUUCCUGGAAAGAGUAAGAAUCCGGAGGAAGAUUACGAGCCUACAGCGACACCAACUGAGGGACCCAGCCAAAACCCAUCUCCGGCACCCACUUCGUAUUCCGAGUUUUGGCUAUCUCUGUUCCCAACGACAACCGUUACUGCCAUUAUAAAUUCUCCCACCUCACCUCAGUCGAUGGCAUUUGAAUGGCUCAUGGAAGAAUUUGAUAUCCUGCACAACCUUACAGAGGGGAGAGUUGUACAACGAUUUGCGCUUGCAACUUUCUAUUUUGCCAACAGCAAAGAACCAUGGUCCUUUAGUGAUAAUUGGCUCAACCACAGUGUUCAUGAGUGUCUUUGGUAUUCAGGUUUGGAGGAUUGGUAUUUCUUUUUGGCUGGCGCUGAAUUCCCACUGGACCACAUCAGUCCCUGUGAGCAAGAUCCAGCUGGAUAUCUAGAGGAAGGCAUCUGGUACCAGGGAGACGGACUCCUGAAGCAUUUUUGGAUGUCCUAUAAUGGCCUGAUGGGAUCAGGUAUUCCACCAGAGCUAUACUUGCUGACUGAACUUAGGAGCUUGGCAUUGGAUGAAUUCAACCUUACCAGCACCAUCCCAGAAGAACUCUCUGGCCUUUCAAAUUUGGAGUAUAUUUCAAUGUUUGGAUGUGGGCUGUUUGGCUCUAUUCCUCAGGCAAUUGGGAGAUUGUCAAAACUUAGAAGUAUCAAUUUUGCCUGGAACUCUUUGACGGAAACUAUUCCAUCAUCCCUGUUUUCCCUUACAAACUCAAUGCAAGCCAUUGGUCUUUUAGAAAAUCAGCUGACAGGACCAGUGCCAACAGAACUGGGAUUGCUGACAGCUUUGGGGGGUCUGGCACUUGACACCAACCUUUUCACGGGGACAAUUCCCACAGAACUUGGGCAAGUAACUGGGUUAGGGGCUCUUCUUCUGAGUAACAAUAUUUUGAGUGGCACUAUCCCAACGGAGUUUGCAGUUUUCACAGACAUGGAAAUUCUGCACCUGGAAAUCUCAGAUCUUACGGGGACAAUCCCAAGGUGGCUUGGCAACUUGACAUCCAUGGAGUCAUUGACGUUGGCGUAUAACUCCUUUACUGGGACUGUAAGUCUAUUCUGCAUGGUGCCCGGCCGUCGCGGGGACCACGGAACCGCCUCUAAAACUGCGGGAAACGAUCCAUGUCGCCCAUUCAAUCACCAUUCCAGCUGGCUUUCGAUGCCUUCACCCUUUAUUGCCGUUGUCAUUAUCCUAAACGAACCUCAGUUGAACCUCCUUGAAAGGGCACAUAUUAUGCAUGCAUGGAUCCAAUAA